CCAUGCCCAGGGUCACGCUGAGCGGCGUCGCGGUGGAUUUUCCCUUCCAGCCCUACCCGUGCCAGGAGGUCUACAUGGCCAAGGUGCUGGAGUGUCUGCAGAGGAAGGUGAAUGGCAUUUUGGAGAGCCCCACAGGCACGGGGAAGACCCUGUGCCUGCUGUGUGCCACGCUGGCCUGGAGGGAGCACUUCAAGGACUCCAUCUCAGCCCGGAAGGUCGCGCAGCGGCUGGGGGGGAAGGAGCUGUUUCCUGACAGGCCCCUCAGCUCCUGGGGCAGCGCGGCCACCGAGGCCGAGAUCCCAGGUUACUACACUGAUGUUCCUAAAAUAAUUUAUGCCUCCAGGACUCACUCACAGCUCACACAAGUCAUUAAUGAGCUGAAGAACACAGUGUACAGGCCCAAGAUCUGUGUGUUGGGUUCCAGAGAGCAGCUCUGCAUCCACCCUGAUGUGAAGAGACAGGAGAGCAACCACAUGCAGAUCUACAUGUGCCGGAUGAAGGUGAUGGCUCGUGCUUGUCACUUCUAUAACAAUGUGGAAGAAAAGAGUACAGAGAAAGACCUGAUGGAAUCAAUCAUGGAUAUUGAGGACUUGGUUAAAAAUGGAAACAAGCACAGAACUUGUCCUUAUUAUCUCUCUCGAAGCCUGAAGCAGCAAGCAGACAUUAUUUUUAUGCCUUACAACUACUUACUGGACUCAAAGAGCCGCCGAGCCCACAACUUGGACCUGAAGGGGACUGUGGUCAUACUUGAUGAAGCUCACAAUGUGGAGAAGCUGUGUGAGGAAUCAGCCUCCUUCGACCUCAGCCCCUACGAUCUGGCCUCGGCGCUGGACGCCCUCAACCUCUUGCUGGAAGAACAAGCCAAAGUGGUGCAGCAGAAUGAAGUCAAUGCUGAGUUCAAUAUGGAGCUGGUCAGUUCAGGACUGAACAUGGAACUUGAAGAUCUAGCAAAGAUAAAGAAAAUUCUUCUUCAGCUGGAAAGUGCUAUUGAUGCAGUGGAGCUGCCACCAAAUGGUAGUGGAGUCACCAAAGAGGGAAGCUACAUCUUUGAUCUGUUUGCAGAGGCCCAAAUAACAUUCCAGACCAAAUCCUCACUCCUGGAGUCAUUAGAGCAGAUUUUACAGUUUCUUGCAGGCCGUACUGGGAUAUUUGUCAAUACAUCUGGAUUGCAUAAGCUUUCAGAUAUCAUCCAGACAGUUUUCAACAUGGAUCCUCCAGAAGGCACGACAGGUUUCCUGCCACAUCAGUCGAUAUCUAAACAUUACAAGGUACAUAUUCAUCUGGAUAACAAUAAUCAGAAAAAGAAACAAAGGACAGACCUCUGGAAUUCAUCAUCUACAAAAAAACAAGGAAAGACCUUGAGCUACUGGUGCUUCAGCCCUGGGCACAGCAUGCACGAGCUCGUUCGACAGGGAGUCAGGACCAUUAUCCUCACUAGUGGGACCCUCUCCCCCCUCUCAUCCUUUACAAUGGAAAUGCAAAUCCCUUUUCCUGUUUGCUUGGAGAAUCCUCAUGUUAUUGAGAAACACCAGCUUUGGGUUGGGAUCAUUCCCAAGGGACCUGAUGGAACCGUGCUCACUUCUACCUUUGAAAGAAGGUUUUCAGAGGAUUAUUUAUCUUCUCUGGGGAAAACAGUUGGUAACCUGGUGCGAGUUGUGCCACAUGGCCUCUUGGUCUUCUUCCCAUCCUAUCCUGUCAUGGAUAAGAGCCUGGAGUACUGGAGGGAACACGACUUUGCCAAGAGAAUAGAGGAAGUGAAGCCGAUGUUUGUGGAGCCCAGGAACAAAGGAAGCUUUGCAGAGGUGAUGGGAGCCUACUACAAUAAAGUUGUCUGUCCUGCAUCCAAUGGAGCUGCUUUCCUGGCUGUGUGCCGGGGAAAGGCCAGUGAAGGCUUGGACUUUGCUGACAACAAUGGACGAGGAGUCAUCAUUACUGGGCUUCCGUUUCCUCCUCGCAUGGAGCCCAGGGUCGUUCUGAAGAUGCAGUUCCUGGAUGAAAUGAGAAAAAGUGGUGCAGGUGCUCAGUAUUUAUCUGGGAGGGAGUGGUACAGCCAGCAAGCUUCCCGGGCCGUCAACCAGGCCAUCGGCAGGGUCAUCCGGCACCGCCAGGACUACGGGGCCAUCUUCCUCUGUGACCACAGGUUCACAACUGGGGAUGUGAGAGGCAAGCUGCCCUCCUGGGUCCGUCCCUACGUCAGCGUCUAUGACAACUUUGGACACGCAGUCAGGAGUGUCUCCCUCUUCUUCCGUGUUGCUCAGGAAAUUAUGCCCCCACCCCUGCCACAGUGCCUUCCUGCCUCUGCUGGUUCCCUCAGUGAAAACACAGCACCAUCAACUUCAGCUGAGCAGAUCCUCUCUCUGAAAAAAGCCAAAAAUUUGGAUGACCAUGUUCCUAGUUUGAAGAGGAAAAGAAAAGUAAAUGGAGAUGGAGGAUCCAGCCUGUGCACUGAGUAUGAACAAGAGGUCCUCUCCCCUGGAAGACACUGUGCUGGGCUUCUGGAUGCUCUGGAGCGCAGUGAGAAGAGCAAUGAAGAUGUAGAGGAGGAAAGUGACUGGACAGGAGAGGAGAAGGCACAACGUUUGUCAACACUCUCCCUUCAGUAUGAGAAGAGGUUAACAGAUGAGCAGAAAGGAGGAAGGAAGAAAAUAAAGCUCAUCAGCAAUACACAAGUUGAUAAGAAAGCAGACCCAGCAGAGCCCAAGAAGGCCCGAGCGACUCUCUACAUCGCAACGGUGAAGGAGACUCUGAGCCAGCAGAACUAUGAGCUCUUCUCUAAGGCCCUUCAGCACUACAAGACAACAGAUGACUUCCCUGCCAUGUUAUCUCAGAUGAGCUCCCUCUUUACAGAGGAUGAAAACAAGCAUGUCUUGUUACGAGGAUUUUACCAGUUUGUUCGGCCUCAGCAUAAAAAGCAGUUUGAUGAAGCCUGUUGCAGUCUGACUGGAGUGGGUUGUGGCUACAAACCUGAGCACAGCCUGCUGCGGGAGGAGAGACAGACACUGGCCAAGGAGGGAGAACUAAAACAGAGUCAGCAGAAAACUGCCUCCUCCAAGGACUCGUGUGCUCAGCUGAACUCUGGGCUGCAUCUGAACCGUGGAGGGUGUCACUUGACAGCAGGGCUGAAGAGAGCAGGGCAGAAUGCCAGUCGAGCUCCAAGGAAGGACACUGAAAAAGCCUCCAGCUGCAGGAGGGAUCACCACCAGGUCCUCAGGGCUGCCUACCUGCAGGAUGUGAGAAGGGCUUUGGACAAAAGCACCUACAGCCGUUUCUAUGAAGCACUGCUGAGGUACAAGAGGACAGAUGACUAUGAUGCCAUGAUACCAGUGGUAGCAGCCCUCACCACUGAGAGGCCAGAGGACUUUCAUCUUCUACAAAGGUUUUACAUCUUUGUGCGUCCUCACCACAAGCAGCAGUUCAAAGAGAUGUGCAAAGAUCUGACUGGGCUGGUCUGUGGAGAGGGAGAGAAGCAAUGGCAACAGCUGGGGAAAGGUGAAGGGGUCCCUUUGGAGAACUGGUGCCCUAAAGAAGAAGACAGCCACGUGCAAGGUGCAGCCACUUCUAGGGGUGAGGCACCAGAGACAGUUCAGAUGGAGAUUUCCUCCUUCUGCCUUAACCAGCAAAGCAAACUCGAACUGCCAAAGGCUGAAGGAUCAAAGGCAACCGGUCAGGUGAGGGCAGCAACGGACCCUGGAGCUGUGCCCAUCUUCCCCCUCGAGAUGGAGCCAGAGUAUGGUGAAAAAGUGCCCAGGAUGUCACAGUGA